CUUUUCUGAGUGCUCUUCUCUCUCUAUUAUAUUUCUCUCUCUAAAAAGAGCCCCAAGUAUAGAAUAUUGCUAACUUGGGCGUCGGAGUGUCUACCCCGAGGCACAACCCUCGGGUCUGUUUUGCAGAGGCGUCUGGAGCCAUGCCACUGAGAAAGAGCAAAGAUAAAGAGGGUCAACCAGCCCAGGCUGAACAUGCAGAUGACAGUCCACUCCACUCUGAGGGUGAAAAUGAUCUCAUCACUUUUCUCCCAGUGUCACCUCUGGCAGAACGGUCCUAUGGGAAUCUAGUAUUUAAGGAGAACGAAGCAGACCGUGGGGGUGACUUUGCUGAAUCAAGUAAUGUGUUUAGAGGUAUGCCUGAACGUCUGGAGUUAGCAUUCAAAGAAAAGAACCAGGCUAUGCGGAGACUUGUUGAGAGUCAAGCAGAAUUUUCCAGACGUCAGGAAGAGACAAUUAGACAAUGUAUGUCUGAACUGAGACGGAUUUUUGAAAAAGGCACUAACGUGAUGCGUGAAACUGGAGAUGAGAGUCGCAGAACACUGAAGGCUGUUUCAGAACAAGUAGUUGAGCAAGUGCGACAGCCCAGACCUGAGAUUCCUUCUCCAGUCGUUGAAAUGCCCAGACAGAUUCAGGAAGCCCCAAUCCCAGCACUCGGGGGGCAAGGGAACCAUGGCCAUCAACCUCAGCAUAAGUAUAUUCUGCCAGCUAGGAAGGGAAAUGUGAGUCCUCAUCAUCAACCUUGUCCAAGGGACUUUUUCCAGCCACAAGUUCCUCCAACCCAGCUGGUACAGCGUGGUCUACAGAAUCAACCAGCUCAAUUCUUCAAUAGAGACCAUGGGCCUGCCUUGAGGUCAUUGGAAAAGAUUGAUAAGGGUAUCUUGAAAUUUCCAGACAAAGCGAAGGAAACCAUGGGAGUAGAUGCAGAUCCUUUUCUAGCUAUGUUUGUCGGUGUAAAUGUUGCAGACCUCAGGAGUGUUGCUAGAAAUCGCAGUCUGCCUUAUGCUCAAAGGAACCUUGCUGCAGAAGACUUGAGGUGGGUUAUUGAGGCACAAAGAUCCAGACAUAGCAGGAGCGUCAGGUCAGACCAGCAGAGGCUCAGGGGGCAAGGAAGGAUCAUUGUGACAAGGAAUUUCAGCCCAGAGGGUGCCAGACGUUAUUCAACUGGUACUAGAUCUCGCAAGAGGGCUGAAGAGCGAAAAAGGCAACAGAAGCAGGUGGAGGCUGAGGGAAGUUCAUCUCGCAGACCACGCCAACCUACAAAAAGGAACAUGGUGUGGGUGAGAAAAGAGAAAAAGGAGGCUGUAAUCCAGAAUCUGCUGAAAGGGAAUGACCAAUCUCCAGCUUCUCCAAAGGUGGCGUCUGUCAUUGUGAGUCCAGACGGAGUUUUGAAAGCAACUUUUGAAGCACAAGAACAAUUUGGUCUGCCAGAAACAAUUACAACAGACCAAGGCACAGUUUUUGUCAGCCAUCAAGUGGAGGCAUUUGCAAAGGAAAUGGGUUUCCGUCUGUUAAAUUCUACCCCUCAUUAUGCACAAGCUAAUGGGCAGGCGGAAGCUUCUAACAAGGUGGUGAUUAAUUUGCUUGAAAAAAUGGUAGAUGACAAUCCCAUACGCUGGCAUGAAUUAUUGUCUGAAACACUGUGGGCUUAUAGAACUUCACAAAGGAGUUCAACCAAAAUGACACCUUUUGCCUUGACAUAUGGCCAUGACGCAGUCUUGCCAAUGGAGUUAACAGCCAGGUCUUUAAGAAUAGCAAUUCAACAUAAUCUCCAGUCUGGGGAAUAUGAUGAGGCCAUGAUGCUUAAGCUUGAGGACCUUGAAGACACACGUUUGACAGCUUUGGAUAGAUUGCAAGCUCAAAAACUCAAAGUUGCAAAGUCUUACAACAAGAGAGUAAAAGGUAAAAAUAUGGCAGUUGGCGACUUGGUCUGGAAAGCAAUUUUACCUCUUGGCAAGAAAGAUCACAAAUUUGGGAAAUGGUCUCCAAAUUGGGAAGGACCAUUCCGAAUUCAUGAAGUGUUGAGUGGGGGUGCUUAUUGGUUAGAGUCACUUGAUGGAGAGCUACAUCCUAGAAAAAUCAAUGGAAUUUAUCUCAAGCCUUAUUACCCCAUAGUCUGGGAAGCAAGAGACUUAGAGUCCCAAGAAGCUGUCUGAGCCAGGUUCAUACUUCUGUCUGUGCAUAAAUAAGAUGAUUUGCUUUCAUGUGUUUAUUCCAAAAUGAGAGCAAGUUUGAUUGAGCGGCCAUGACUGGCUGUGGAUGGCUGGAUGCGCUCAGACAGAGUCAGUU